AUGUCUUCUGCUGCUACUAGCAGACCUUCAGGCGCCAUGACGAACGCCGCGCGAUCCGCUCGGUUCGGUGGAGAUUUUGGCAGCGCAACUGCCAGAAAAAAUAGCGACGAAAGAACCUCAACCUCGGGGACUCUUGCACAAGGCUUUGGCAGCAACGAGUCCUGGCAGGCUUCGAGUGGUAUCUGGGGUAACGGUACGAUUGGCAGUGGGAUUCCAAACUCCAAGAGAGAUGCUACCCGUUCCCAAGGUGGGUCCGCGAAACACCACCAGGCUUUGGGCAUUACUGAUGUCCGAGCAGGAGAUGACGAGGAUGAAUUCCCCCUCCCAAAUGGAUCAAGCGCUUUACGAUCUUCCUCCCAGGCAAACCCAUGGGGUGCCCCGGCCAAUGGACCCUGGAACCCUCCAGACACGACGUCUCCUACCCUCCAGUCCUCUCAUAGCGGAAGCACCUCCCCAGCUCAUCAUCGCAGUACCAUUCCUACCGCGAACCAGCCAACAUUGGCAGAGAUACAAAAUCCAUACCAGCAGUCGCGGGUUACCCAGGCUGCAGCCUUCUCCAGGGGGUCGCAAAAGAGCAGCCUGAACCCCUCUUCCGGUCCUUUCACGUUCGGACGGAAACCAUCAUUCAUUUACACCGACGACAAGGAGAACUCGGGCCAGUACGGAGAUAGUUCUUAUGAUUAUGAUCACUCCGUGAGGGCCUUGAAGGGAGAGUUUGCGCCGCCAAAUUUCCUAGCCACGAAUGGCAGCAUGUCCAGAGAUAGUAGCAUGCCUCCAUCAAAGGUAUCAGAGCCGGGACUCAAUGGAGCCGGCGUCCCUUAUGGCAGCAGUGGUUGGGGCUCUAUUGGCCAUACGCCGACAAGCUCCAUACACUCACAACGCCCGUCCUUUUCUGGGCCCUCCGUUUCGUUUCCCCCACCAACCAACCAGACUAGGUUUGUUGACUCGGCAGCCCACAGUGAUAGCGGGUUGAGCGACAAAAUGGCCGCGUUCGGGUUGAGCGAGAACAAUUCGACCACUGCCUCACUUCCUGGUGGUCUGGCGGCUUCAUAUUCGCCGAAUCCUCCGAAUUUUACCGCGCAGGUCUUCCCCCACAGUGGCACGUCGCCCUUGUGGGAAGGUCUAAAUGGACCAAAGGGACAUGGCAACCAUGAGCGCUACGGGUCGCAGCCGUUCUUGGAUCAAGGAUAUUUCAAGCCCCAUGCCGGAGAACGAGAUUCUAUUUCGCCAGCAGGCAGUGACUACCGCCGUGGGUUUAACAGCCCUAAAUUUUAUCAUCAUGCAGGCACUCCACCAUCGGGGACCGACCAAAUAUACCGGCCGUCAUCAAGGGGUCCACGGAUUCCGCAAGGCCCUACCGAAAUGGAUAGGAGACUCCAGACCAUGUUUGCACAGCAACAAGCUGCUUAUUUGUACGGUGCCCCCUUUCAAGGCCAAUUCCGUCCUCAGGCCUACGAGUAUGCCCCCUCCAACUUCAGGCAACCAAAUAUUCCAUACGGGUAUGCAGUUCCCAUGCCUCCUUACGCACCAGCGCAGAUGAUCCCGACUAGGCCUAAGGAUCAAGAUGUCGGCCUAGGAGUUCGAAGUCCGCUUCUGGAGGAAUUCAGGUCGAAUUCUAAAUCCAAUAAGCGAUACGAUUUAAAGGAUAUCUACAAUCACGUUGUUGAAUUUAGUGGCGAUCAACAUGGAUCGCGGUUCAUUCAGCAGAAGCUGGAAACUGCCAACAGCGAUGAGAAGGAGCAGCUUUUCCGCGAAAUCCAGCCAAACGCUCUCCAACUGAUGACCGAUGUGUUUGGCAAUUAUGUCAUUCAAAAGCUGUUUGAGCACGGCAAUCAGAUCCAGAAGCGGGUGCUUGCUGAGCAGAUGAAGAACCACGUCAUGGAACUGUCAAUGCAGAUGUACGGAUGCCGAGUUGUGCAGAAGGCUCUCGAGCACGUCCUUGCUGACCAGCAAGCUGAACUCGUGGAUGAGCUUCGAAUCGAUGUCCUCAAGUGCGUCAAGGAUCAAAAUGGCAACCACGUCGUGCAGAAAGCUAUCGAGCGGGUACCGAAGGAGCAUAUCCAAUUUAUCAUUGACGCCUUCAAGGGUCAAGUCCACAUUCUCGCGACCCACUCUUAUGGCUGCCGCGUCAUUCAACGGAUAUUGGAAUACUGCAAACCUCAAGAUCAAGCUGCGAUUCUCGAAGAGCUACACCAAUGUGCACCUGGCCUCAUCAGUGAUCAGUUCGGCAACUACGUCAUCCAGCAUGUCAUUCAACAUGGAAAGCCAGAAGACCGGAUAAAGAUCAUCAAGAUCAUUACCGCUCAGCUAUUGAUGCUGUCGAAGCAUAAAUUUGCGUCCAACGUGGUCGAGAAAUGCAUCCAAUUUGGCACAGAUGAGCAGAGGAAAACCAUCGUGGCACAAAUGACUGCGCUAAAUAGCGACGGUUCAAGCCCUUUGCAGCUCAUGAUGAAAGAUCAAUAUGGCAACUAUGUGAUUCAAAAGCUCCUCCUUCAACUGAAAGGUGCCGAGCGUGAUGCGGUUGUUGAGCAAAUGAAGCCACAGCUUGCCCAACUCAAGAAGUUUAAUUAUGGGAAGCAAAUCACGGCCAUCGAAAAAUUGAUAUUCACUGGCCCCCCACCGUACCCUACGCCAUCAUCCACAUCUCACACUAUGCCCAUUGAGAUCAAUUCGAGCGCUCCCACGCCGAUGUUGACAAACGGGCAGAAUAGCCCUCAAAGCUGCAGUCUCCCAAGCGCGAGCGCUAGCACUAUUGACGACCCGACCGAUAGCACAUCCUCUGGCAAAACCGCCAUAGGGAUGGACGAGAAUACCUGCCCGGAAGUAGUCAUCAACGGCGCAUAA